AUGCCUCCAAGUGGUGCACAACGAGGAUCAGCGUAUACUUCGAAUGGUGAUCCUUUGACACCAAUAUAUCCAUCGACAGACUACAUGUACAGAAUGAGAGAAGACAGUUCACGCUUUCUACCUAAAAUUCCUGCUCAGCCAAUUGGUUAUGGUGAAGCUCAGAUUAUUCUUCAAUACUUACAAGGUAGAGAAGUGGCAGUAGAAUGGCGUGGAACUUUAUCAAAUUUAACAUAUCAUUAUGGUGGCGAACUUCGUGGUGCAUCAGAUUCUUGGACUUUGGGAAGUGUCGAUCCAACGAGUGGAACAGCUACUCUUCUUGAAAUAACACGGGUACUUGGUCAAAUGUAUAAAAAUGGAUUUCGACCACGACGUAGUUUAAUGUUUUGUUCAUGGGGUGCUGAAGAAUAUGGACUUCUUGGAUCCGUAGAAUAUAUUCAGGAAUAUGUUAAAGUGCUAGGUGCUCGAAUCGUCUCUUACUUGAAUGUAGAUCUUGCAGUUCAAGGAAAUUAUACUGUCGAUGUCAAGACUUCUCCAAUAUUGUUUGAUAUUAUUGUCCAAGCAGCUAAAAUGAUUCCAAGUGCAUAUGAUCCUGCUGGACAAACUGUCUAUGAUAAAUGGAUGAAUGUUAAUCGAAAUAAUAUGACUAAUGAACCAAAUAUGAGAUAUGGUCUUGGAUCAUCUAGUGAUUACUAUGGUUUUGAUCAGUUGGUUGGUUCAUCAAAUAUGGAUAUAAGAUAUACAUAUGAUGUCGCUUAUCAUGGAAAACUAAGUUCAUAUCCACUCUAUCAUACAUCCUAUGAAGUCUUCUCCAUGAUGAAAAACUUAAUGGAUCCUGAUUUUAUGGCUCACAGAACGAUAGGACAACUUUGGGGUGUUUUAACAUUACUUUUAUCAGAAACACCUGUUUUACCGUUAAAUGUAACAAGAUAUACAACGGCACUUAUGCAGGCAAUGAAUACUCUUAAACCAAAAGAUCCUACUGUUCUCGAUCCACUUCGAAGUGCUAUCAAUGAUUUUGGUAAUGUUGCUCAAGAUUUUGUUGGACGAUCGAAAUCAUUAGAUUCUGAAAAUCCAUAUGAAAUUCGAGCAUAUAAUGAUCAAUUGUUACAACUUGAACGUGCAUUUCUAAAUCCAUUAGGACAAGGUGAUGAUUAUACUGAUUUAAAACAUAUUGUUUAUGCACCAGCGAAAAUCAAUCAAUAUGCGGCAGAUGGUUUUCCUGCUAUAAGUGAUGCUAUUGUUAGUGGUGAUUCAACAGAAAUCGCUAAUCAAGUGGCAAUCGCUACCUACUUUGUGCGCGGUGCUUUAUCUACAUUAAAAGAAUUUAAUAAUUUUUUUUCAUAA